AAAAUAAAUGAAAGAAAAAGGAGAAAACUUUUAAACGUGGGCAGUGAAAUCUGGUGGGCAAUGGAAUAGGAGAAGGAAGAAGAGAUGGAGUUAUCAAGUGUUGAUCUUUGGGCUGAGAUAAUUGAAUCCGAGGAAGAAGGCGGAGAUAGAGUCAAAGAUAUACCUAAGGUCGAAGUAUACCAGAGAAGAAAGAAACUUGAGAAGUCCUCCGAAGCUGCAGAUUUAAUUGGAGCCUGGUCGGUGAAAGGCACUCGUACUAGUUUGAUCAAUGCACCGAAGAGAGAUAGCUGGACUCGUUCGCUUUCCACCAGAGGGAGGGAGAGUAUUGCGGUGGGAGCUUAUGUGAACAAUCAGCCUCAGGAGAAGCCAGCCAGGAGAAAAAAGCCCGCUAUUCCAAAGGGAAAAGCUGUUAAAGCUCCUGACUUCAAGAAAGAGAAGGAAUACUUUCAUGAGGUUGAUGCUUUUGAGCUUCUGGAAGAGAGUCCCUCUCCUAAGACCAAGAAUUCUAGUACAUGGACCGCCGGUGAACAAGUUGUUCCUGAGCUGCCACAUCUGUCCACAAGAUUAGAAAAAUGGCUGAUCUCGAAGAACUUGAAUCGUCCUUGUGGUCCUUCGAGCACACUCUCUAAGAUACUUGAAUACUCAAACUCAACCACACGCCUGGAGCCAAUAUGUGAUGAUGAUGCCUUUGAUUCACUGGCACUAAGAACUCCAGAAAAUUCUUCUUCUAGCAACACUUCAAUUUUCCGACUCAUCCAGAGCUGCGACGACGACUUAAAUGCUGAAGAUGUGCCUUUUAGAAAAAUCAAGACGGAAGAAAUCGACCUUGAAGAUGAGCUGAAGCGACUAUCUUUGACGUCUGAUCUGAUCUCCCCUCAUCUAGAUUUUGAGAAGUCAUUUUGUGAUCUAUUGUCCGCCUGUGGACAGAUGCAACCAUCAAGCUUCAUGGAAGCACUUUCUAAAUUCUGUGAACCAGAAAGCAUUGUCAAGAUUGGUGAAGGUACAUAUGGGGAGGCUUUUCGGGCUGGUACUAGUGUCUGUAAAAUUGUUCCUAUUGAUGGAGACUUCAGGGUUAAUGGAGAAAUACAGAAGAGAGCUGAUGAACUGCUUGAGGAAGUGAUACUCUCAUGGACUCUUAAUCAACUUAGAGAAUGUGAGACUGAGGCUCAGAAUUCGUGCCUGACGUUCAUAAAAACUCAAGAUAUAAAAGUAUGCCAAGGUCCCUAUGACCCUAUACUGAUAAAAGCAUGGGAAGACUGGGAUGCAAAACAUGGAUCUGAGAAUGAUCACCCAGAUUUUCCGGAGAAACAAUGUUAUGUCAUGUUUGUUCUGGAACAUGGUGGCAAAGAUCUUGAAAGCUUCGUGCUUUUGAACUUUGAUGAAGCACGAAGCUUAUUGGUUCAAGUCAUGGCUGGCCUGGCAGUUGCUGAAGCUGCUUUUGAGUUCGAGCAUCGUGACCUGCACUGGGGAAACAUUCUUCUGAGCCGUAAUAACUCAAGUACUCAGCAUUUUAUUCUCGAGGGGAAACAAGUUUUCAUCAAAACUUUUGGAAUACAGAUAUCUAUAAUUGACUUUACUCUUUCAAGAAUCAACACAGGUGAGAAGAUACUCUUUCUGGACCUUACUUCUGAUCCAUACCUUUUUAAAGGACCAAAGGGAGAUAAACAGUCGGAAACUUAUAGAAAGAUGAAGGCGGUUACUGAAGAUUGCUGGGAAGGACACUUCGCUCAAACAAAUGUUCUCUGGUUGAUCUAUCUCGUGGAUCUCGUACUGACCAAGAAGUCAUUCGAGCGGUCUUCAAAAGACGAAAGAGAAUUACGGUCACUGAAGAAGCGGAUGGAGAAGUAUAAAUCAGCUAAAGAGGCUGUGUCAGAUCCUUUCUUCUCAGAUAUGUUGAUUUUCCAAAUAUCAUGAAGAAUGUAAUAAAUCCUUAAGUGAGUCAGAGUAACCAGAAUCUCUCUUUCCCUCUCUUGUAAAUGCAUUUGCCUAAUCA